CCUUUAAAACACGGGGAAGAGAAACCGCCCAUCACACACCCCAGCACACCAGCCCAGGAAACUUAUAACCUCGGGAGUCGGGUCCCUCCCCUCACUGUGGUCACAUACCUCCCGAAGAGCGGACCAGACCAGCAGCCAGCUCCACCGCUCAGGGCAUCUGCCUCGGUCUCUGGACACUCCAGAAUUCUCUGUUGAAGAGUCACUGAAAAGCCAAGAUGUUGGUGUUACUGGCCGGUCUCUUCGUGGUUCACAUCGCCACUGCCAUUAUGCUGUUUGUCUCCACCAUCUCCAACGUCUGGAUGGUUUUAGAUAAUGUAGAAUCGUCUGUAGGGCUUUGGAAGAACUGCACUGGUGGUAACUGUGACAGCCCUCUAUCAUACGGCAAUGAAGAUGCUAUCAAGGCAGUGCAAGCUUUCAUGAUCCUCUCCAUCAUCUUCUCUGUAAUCUCCCUUGUGGUCUUCGUGUUCCAGCUCUUCACCAUGGAGAAGGGAAACCGGUUCUUCCUCUCAGGCUCCACCAUGCUGGUGUGCUGGCUGUGCAUCCUGGUUGGCGUGUCUAUCUACACACAUCACUAUGCCCACAGCGAAAGGAACUUCACCUACAGCAGCCACCAAGGCUAUUGUUUCAUCCUGACCUGGAUUUGCUUCUGCUUCAGUUUCAUCAUUGGCAUUCUCUAUAUGGUCCUGAGGAAGAAAUAAGCUGAACUGGCUUGUAGGGAUCUAGGGGGUGGGGCGGGAGUGGGGAGGAGGAAGCAACUUAACCUGGGAGAGAAGCAGAAGUCAUUGUAUAGAAAUAACCGAGGGAAGGGUGGGGGAGGGGAGGGGGGAAGGAAGAGUGGGAGAGGCCCACACCCAAACCAUGCCUGGGGGUUGGGGUGGGAUUCUCUACUGCCCAAGUGCCCAUCCUUGGAAGAAAGUUGUUGGCUACUACCCUGAUGCUUCCUUGAGGCCACCAGAGAGUCCCCCUCUAGCCACCAAGUACGGCCUCAUCUAUCCUCAGUUACAUAUGCCACUUGGGGUCUCAGCGGCUGCCAUACCACUGGCUCCACUGCUGAGGGUGACUUCUGGAAGCCAGUCACCAAAUUCAGAUCCCAAGCGAGUGGUCUAGUGGGAGCUUCGGCCAGGAAGCCAAUGUCCUUAUUUGGUGGCCUUCCUGACAAAAGAGUAAAAAGAGAGAUGGUUUAUAAGGUCAAGUUUGUGAGAUUGGCUUACCCAAGAAAUCAAAGCUCUUACCCCGGAGGACCUGGGAGUUAGGUGGGGAUAGGCAGAGCCUCUGUCAUGCUUCGCUGAGCUGUCCCUCCUGGAGGCCUCCUGGUGUGGACUCUGCUAGACUCUCACGUAAAGCCAAGGCAGCUUAUCUGGAGUUUUUCUAGAUUCUCUAGAGCCAAAGAUGAAAAUGUCCCACAAUCUGUAGGUUCAAAGGGCAUGCUCACCACAGUGCCAAAAUAAGAUCCUGGGUUUUAGGAUUCCCCCCCACCCUCAGUGCACACAAUGUGUCUUGCACACAAUGUGUCUUGUAAGUGUGACAUGAGAGAGAUACAUGUGGCUCCUUGCCAUGCAAGUCUGUCAAGCUUCCUCUGAAUUAGAGAUGUUUGAGGGAGUUCUGUCUAAUGAUGACCAAAAUAACACUGGGGGCCAGAGCAUAACAUCAGAAUUCAGUGGUCACUGUAGCUUUGAGUGGUCCCUGGCUGGAGCAGUUUGACUGUUGUCUAGAUAAAGAUGGAAGUUCUGUAAGCCAAUUAAAACAUGUACCAACCUAAACCAAAGACAAAUACUGGGGACGUGGGGGAAGGUGCUAUAUGAUUAUGGAGUAUUAGCAUACUAUAUUUCAGUUAUGAUAAGAAUAGAGUGCCUGCUCUCAGGAAGAAAAAUAUAAUCCCAAGAGAUCAAUAAAAUCCUGUGAUGGGCAGAUAGUUUCUUUUUUAAAAGAGGAGAAACUUUUGGGGUAUCCAGUCAGAGGGUAGCUGUAUUGUUGGGGCUGAAGGGGUAAUCCUAUAGAGGAUUUAGAAGUAGUAUGAUAUUCCUGGUUCGGUGGGCAGAGCUCUGUCUACAGCAGCUAUUUUAAGCCAUCUCAGAUUUCUGCCUUCAAGGGCUUUCUUUUCAGAAAUAGUUUCUUUUAUUGCCCUUAGAAGAUCACCUGGAAGAAGGGUCUGAGACAUCUUGCCUACAUUUCUUUUCCUAGGGAUAUCUGUAUCCAUUUCUUAUAUACAUUUCUUUUUAUGGGGGGGGGUUGUUAUGCUAGAGUUUCUGGUAUUUAUGUAAAGGGACUAUUACUAAGUAUAUUUCUCUGUGUAUUAUGUUUAAGGGAAUGUUGAAGGUAGGUUACUAAAUUGCUGGGCUGAGGGUAGAGAUACUGGUCAGAAAAAGCUGUGGGAUAACAAAUUCUUAAAUUAUAAUUUGGUUACCAUACACCUGUUCAAGGAUGUCUUAUAUCCAGAAGGAUAUCAACAGACAGAUAUAACUAGAAAAAGAUAGUCACAUUUUGUUUAAAAAAAAAAGUUGAAUUAUGACUGGAGUGAACCAUGCGUUCCCUUGUCUUUUACUUUUCUUCUGUGAUUUUCAUGUCUCAUGUAAUUUGCAUUGCAUUGGUGGGUUAUUCUAGUACUGUAUUUGGCUUCUUCAUUAAUAGAUUAUUUCAUAUACUAUAAUUGUAAAUAUUUUGAUACAAAUGUUUAUAACUCUAGGGAUAUAAAAACAAAUUCUGAUUCCCUA